AUGAUUCAAAGAAUCAUUGAUAAAUUCACGAAAUGCGCUUGGGAAUUGGAAUUGAAAAUCAACACCUGGUCCCUGCUAAACAUUCCACAAGAAAGAUGGCGACUUUUCACCGCACUUGUCUACAUUCAUUUCCUUCUCGCCACUUUUUUAUUCGUUUUUGGGAUUAUCUGUUUUUGCCUUGGCAUGCAAUUCUCUGUGAUGUAUGAGGAAGUAAACUGUUCGGAUGGUACAAAUAUCUUCAUGCCAUUGUUGAAUUUGAUCGCCUCUUUCACCGGUUUAUUCACAUUGCGAACGCUUCACUUGCAUUGGCCAGCUUUCAUUCAUUUCGUGAGCCUUUGGGUGGUUUUACCAAUCAAUAUCGUUCAAUCAGCUGACUCAGCUGCUGCAGCUUCACGAUGGUUUCACUACGCAAAAGAUCCACGAAGUCCAUCAGAAUGGGCUCACAACUAUGCUUAUAUGGACAUAUUCUUGGCAUUUAUGGGAUUACUAAAUGAUGUGGUUUGCGUGGGAAUUUUGUGGAUUCUCUUGAAAUAUUGGUGUCAGGAAAGUGUUGUGCAAAACUCGCCGCGUUCAACUCGGCAACCAUUGCGA